AUCAACGUGCCCAAAUCACACGAAACUCCCGUGAGCAGACGAAUUCCAGAUACACGUCCCUAUGAAUGUAGAAAAAUAUCGUACACCAACCCAACCUUACCAUCAGUGAGUGUUAUUAUUCCUUUACAUGACGAACCUUGGUCCACCUUAUUGAGAACAUUACACAGUAUACUGGAGAGAACAUCCGAUGAAUAUCUGGAAGAAAUUAUUUUAGUUGAUGAUCAAAGUAACUUGGAAUUCCUGAAACGGAAUCUUACUAUCUAUGUUAGGGAACUUUCACCUAAAAUACAGAUCAUAAGAUCUGAUUACCGUCUUGGUACCAUGAAAUGUCGCAUGUAUGGAGCUGCACAAGCUAAAGGACGGGUGGUAAUGUUCUUGGACUCCCAUACUGAAGUCAACGUAGGAUGGCUUGAACCGAUUCUGUGGGAAAUCUAUAAAAAUAGAAAAACAAUCAUACAACCCGCUGUAGACAUUAUAGAUCCAGAGACUUUUAAAUAUGAAAAUUAUAUGAACAAUAUGCGGGGUGAUUUUGAAUGGACGAUGGGAUUUACGUUUGCUCCCUUACCACCAAGACAAUUAGCUGGGAGAAAUCCAUCCGAUCCUAUCAUUACACCUGCUAUUGUGGGCUGUAGUUUUGCUGUUGAGCGGAAUUACUUCUUUGAGAUUGGAGGUUUAGACAGUGGAAUGAAAACGUGGGGAGCAGAAGAUGUAGAGUUGGCAAUAAGAACAUGGUUAUGUGGUGGUAAUGUCAAGAUAUUAGAGUGCUCUAGAGUUGGUCACAUUUUUAAAAAGGGUCAUCCUUUCCAUGUGGAUUAUUCUGAACUAUUGUUCAAUGAAAGGAGGAUAGCUGAACUGUGGUUAGAUGAUUAUAAACAUAUAUUUUAUUCUGUACAUGAAGGAAGAAUAAGCCCCCCUUCCAAUUACUCAGAUUUCACAGAUAUGAUGGAACUGAAAGAAAGGUUAAAAUGUAGAAAGUUUGAUUGGUUUUUGAAAACGAUAUUUCCAGAAUUAUUAGUUCCACCGAAAAAUAGUGUCAGAUUUGGUAAAGUGAAAAAUGAAGCCAGUUAUAUGUGUAUUGGAAUUACAGACUUACCUGAUGCAAGUCCUUUAGAAAUGAGAGAUUGCUGGGGUUAUGAAUCUAAUCAGAUA